AGCUCGUUGACAGGCUACCGUCUACAUGGAUCUGUUGUGUACGAGCGGAGCGAACAAGAACAACAAACUUCCAGCUCCACCAUGAAUCAAGCCGAACCAGCCGCGGUAUCGUCCGAUAACGAAAUGGAUGAAAAGUGUCGCCUGUGCUUGGAAUGUUGCAAUUCCACCAACGCGACACCUAUCACGGACGGCGAGUUUGGAUCGAAGCUACAGAAGGUGUUCAAAUUCCCGAUACUGCCGGAAGAUACGCUACCGGAACGGGUGUGUCACGAGUGCGUUACGAUCGUGUCGGAUUUUCACACGUACAGCAAGCGGAUUCAGUCCAAUCAGGAGCAGCUGCAGACACAGCUGAAGGAGCACAAGUUUCAACCCUUCGAGGUGGUUAAAAUUGAAACGCUAGAAGCUGACGAUUUCUACGAUGCCGAAAUGGAGGAAGCACGCGAACGGCUCGAGGAAGAAGCAACGGAACAAACGGUACAUGUGAGCGUUACCCGUAAACCAGCCAAACGGGCCCCCAAACCCCCGGACACCGACGCCGCCGACGUGAGUGACGCGUUGCGAGAGGAAGCGGAAGGGGAGGAGGACGAGGAGAUCGAUGAAGAGGACGAUGAAGAUUUCGUGCCGAAGGUGGACCCCAAGGACGGUACGCUGAAAGUUCCCGUGCGGCGUCGCCGGCGGCUGGCGCAGGUAAAAGCGCCGCCGAAAAAGCGCACCACCCUGAAGACGGAAAAGCAGAUGGAAAAGCUCGAGCCGGAGGAGCUGGCAAAGCAGCACGAGGAGGACAAGCGGAUACAGGAGUUUUACAAGUUUGAGUGUGAGCACUGCUCGCUGCCGAUGGACAGCUUCGCCGAUCUGCAGGUGCACUAUCGGCGAGAGCACAGCACCAAGGGGUACGUGCGCUGCUGCGAGAAGGUGUUCUAUCGGCGGUUUCAGCUGCUGGACCAUAUUGCGGCCCACCAGGGCACGAUCAAGUGUGAGGUGUGCCAGAAGAGCUACAAGAGCAGCCGCUAUCUGGCGCUGCACAUGAUGAAAAGCCACAGCCGCGAGGAGGACCGGCCGUUCAAGUGCGACAAGUGCCGGCAGUCGUUCCACAAGGAGCACCUGCUGAAGGCGCACCAGGCCAACCAUCUGUCGGAGAAGUGCCCGAUCUGCGAGAAGGUGGUCUCGUCCAAGUACGCGCUCAAGACGCACGUCGCGCACAUGCACGGUAGCGAUAGCAACCAGAUCUGCGACGUGUGCGGGAAGGAGUUCCGCACCAAGCAGGCGAUGGAGCGGCACAUCAACGAGCACAUGGGGGUGGACGUGGUGCAGAAGGUGCAGUGCAACGUGUGCCAGCGGUGGUUCCACGGGAAGUACAACCUGCGCAAACACGUGCGCUUCAUGCAUCUGGAGGGCGGGCAGGUGUUUCGGUGCGACCUGUGCCCGCACGAAAGCCCCAACAGCCGGGCCCUGCUGGACCACAAGAAGCGGGUGCACGUGGUGGAGCGGUUCGCGUGCGAGCUGUGCGGCAAGCGGUUCAAGCGGAAGCUGUACCUAAAGGAACACAUCGCGUCGCACACCGGCCAGCCGCUGUACGAGUGCGGCAUUUGCGAUGCCAAGUUUAACUCGAACGCGAACUGCUACAACCACCGGAAGAGCAAACAUCCGGAGGAGUGGCAGGCGCGCCGGCAGGCCUUUUUCGAGGCACAGCGUAAAGCGCCGGACAGCGAGCUGAAGAAGGAGGAAGUUGCUAUCUCGACAGAAGAGCCCUUACCGGAACAGGUAUGCCAGCAGUGCCAAACGACAGUGGCCGAGUUUCACGUGUACAGCCAGCAGGUGGAGGCGAACCAGCGCCAGCUAAGGUUAGAGCUGGCGACGGACACGGAUGUUGAGCCGGAACCGGUCAAGGUAGAGCCGGACCUUAAGAUUGAAAUCAUGCCAGCGGAAGGGCUGGAGGAGCUGCCGCCGGGCAUUGAGUGUGUGGAUGUGAAGGAAGAGUACGAUGGAAGCAUUACGGCCCAGUCGGAAUCGGACUUGGAUGCGAGCACGGACGAUGAGUACAUCGUGGCGACCCGGCGCAAGGUCCGUCGUAAAGCGCGCGAACGAAAGGAGCGAAAGGAGCGAAAGGAAGAGAGCGCGGAGCGGGGCAAAGACAAAUCGGAAGGGAAUGGGGCGGCCCGGCAGCAGGAGAAAGACGAACGGAUCAAGGAGUUCUACACGCUGGAGUGCGAAAUCUGCUCCAUCCUGUUGGAUGACUUUGUGCAGCUGCAGGAACACUACCAGCUGGUGCACGACACCCGCGGCUAUAUACGGUGCUGCAACAAGCAGCUCUUCCAUCGGUACACGCUGCUCGACCAUAUCGCGGUGCAUCGGGGAACGAUCCGGUGCGAGGUGUGCGACAGAACGUACAAAACGAAGCGCUACCUGGCGCUACACAUGGCCAAAAGCCACGGCACGGAGGAGGAGCGCCCGUUCAAGUGCGACCAGUGCGGGCUGGCCUAUCCGAAGCAGUAUCUGCUCCGGUCGCACCAGCUGAUGCACGUGCAGGCGGAGUGCCACGUCUGCAAGAAGGUGCUGUCGAGCAAUUACGCCCUCAAGGUGCACCUCACGCAGAUGCACAGCGACGAUGGGAACCAGAUCUGUGCGACGUGCGGCAAAAUUUUCCGCACCAAGGCGGCGAUGGAGCGGCACAUCAAGGAGCAUAUGGGGCUGGAGCCGAUCGAGCGGAUGCAGUGCGAGUACUGCCAGAAGUGGUUCAACGGGAAGUACAAUCUGAACAAGCACAUUCGCUUCCUGCACAACGAGCGGGGGCAGGUGUUCCGGUGCGAUCUGUGUGCGCACGAGAGCCCGAAUAGCCGGGCCCUGUCGUACCACAAGCAGCGGGUGCACGUGCAGGAAAAGCACGAGUGUGAGCUCUGCGGCAAGCGGUUCAAGCGGAAGCUGUAUCUGCGCGAGCACAUUGCGUCGCACACGAACGUGCCACUGUACACGUGCGAGUACUGCGGGAUGAAGUUUAACUCGCACGCGAACCAUUUUACGCAUCGGAAAAACAAGCACCCGGAAGAAUGGGAAGCGCACAAGCGGAUGCGGAUGCUGAAGAAGAUGAAAUCUGCAACAAAUGAAAAAAAGCCCGUGGAAAAGCUCGCUGAUGAUGAUGGUGGGACCGCUAGUAUGCUGCCAAUAGAGGAUAUGGAAGUGCUGCUAAAAGAACAGCUGGAUGAUGACUUUUCCUCGGACGACAACAACAGCACAACGCACACCGAUGACAAACCCCCAAACAAUCGCAGCAAAAAGCCCGACCUGCACGAGAACGAUCGCAUCAUUAUGGAGUUUUUCGAGAUGCGCUGCGAGCUCUGCCCGAAACAGGCCGAACAAAGCUUCGAUCGGUUCUACACGCUGCAGCGGCACUAUCGCGUGGCGCACCAGUGUCGUGGAUUUUUGCGCUGCUGCGGCAGAAAGCUUUACCGUCGGUUUCGCGUCAUGGAACACAUCCAGUCACAUCGCGGCACGAUCCGGUGCGAGAUUUGCGACAAGCCGUUCAAAAGCAAGAGCUACCUAAUGCGCCACAAUGCCGAGCAGCACGUGGCCGACGGACCGUCCUUCGCCUGCCAGCACUGUGAGCGAACGUUUCACACCCAGCGGCAGCUGAAUCAGCACCUGCCCGCACACGAAACGACGGUGUGCAAGAUCUGCGGCAAAACGGUGAACGUCCGGUACCUGAAGCAGCAUACCGCACUGAUACACGGCACGGUACGCCAGGGCUACAUGUGCGAUCUGUGCGGGAAGAACUUUUCCAGCAGCUUGGCGCUGGAUCGGCACAUCAAGCAGCACCAGGGCAUCGAGACGAUAGAGAAGCUGGACUGUCCGCACUGUGGCAAGCGGCUGAACGGGAAGUACAACCUGCAGAAGCACGUGCGCUGCAUGCAUGUGGAGGCGGGCAAGAGCUACCGGUGCGAGGUGUGCGGCCACUUCAGCCCGAACAGUGUGGCGCUGGAGAACCAUAAAAAGCGGGUGCACACGGGCGAACACUUUGAGUGUGGGGAGUGUGGCAAGCGGUUCAAGCAGAAGAUUUACCUGACGGAGCACGUGGCGGCGCUGCACACGCGCAAACCGCUGUACGCGUGCGAGUUUUGCGAGGCUACGUUCAAGUCGAGGGCGAACUACUACACGCACCGGAAGACCCGGCACCGGGCAGAAUGGGAAGCGCUCAGGGAGGAGAGGAAACUAGGGGAGAGCAAGAGAUUAUUACGGGAACGGAUUUCAUCCGCACAAUUUAUCGCACCAUGCAUCAUUCCACUUCUCAAUCGUUCGCCAGAUGUUGAGCAAGCCGGUGCAGCUACUAAUGCGUUCGCAUUCGUCCUCCGCAACGCGAUACACAUCAUCAAACCAAGACGAAACAUGACGAUAACAGCACCCAUCGAAGGAAAGGCAAUCCAAGCCCCGGCGUGCGUUGGUAUGGCCGAGUUUCACGUGUACAGCCAGCAGGUGGAGGCGAACCAGCGCCAGCUAAGGUUAGAGCUGGCCACGGACACGGAUGUUGAGCCGGAACCGGUCAAGGUAGAGCCGGACCUUAAGAUUGAAAUCAUGCCAGCGGAAGGGCUGGAGGAGCUGCCGCCGGGCAUUGAGUGUGUGGAUGUGAAGGAAGAGUACGAUGGAAGCAUUACGGCCCAGUCGGAAUCGGACUUGGAUGCGAGCACGGACGAUGAGUACAUCGUGGCGACCCGGCGCAAGGUCCGUCGUAAAGCGCGCGAACGAAAGGAGCGAAAGGAGCGAAAGGAGGAGAGCGCGGAGCGGGGCAAAGACAAAUCGGAAGGGAAUGGGGCGGCCCGGCAGCAGGAGAAAGACGAACGGAUCAAGGAGUUCUACACGCUGGAGUGCGAAAUCUGCUCCAUCCUGUUGGAUGACUUUGUGCAGCUGCAGGAACACUACCAGCUGGUGCACGACACCCGCGGCUAUAUACGGUGCUGCAACAAGCAGCUCUUCCAUCGGUACACGCUGCUCGACCAUAUCGCGGUGCAUCGGGGAACGAUCCGGUGCGAGGUGUGCGACAGAACGUACAAAACGAAGCGCUACCUGGCGCUACACAUGGCCAAAAGCCACGGCACGGAGGAGGAGCGCCCGUUCAAGUGCGACCAGUGCGGGCUGGCCUAUCCGAAGCAGUAUCUGCUCCGGUCGCACCAGCUGAUGCACGUGCAGGCGGAGUGCCACGUCUGCAAGAAGGUGCUGUCGAGCAAUUACGCCCUCAAGGUGCACCUCACGCAGAUGCACAGCGACGAUGGGAACCAGAUCUGUGCGACGUGCGGCAAAAUUUUCCGCACCAAGGCGGCGAUGGAGCGGCACAUCAAGGAGCAUAUGGGGCUGGAGCCGAUCGAGCGGAUGCAGUGCGAGUACUGCCAGAAGUGGUUCAACGGGAAGUACAAUCUGAACAAGCACAUUCGCUUCCUGCACAACGAGCGGGGGCAGGUGUUCCGGUGCGAUCUGUGUGCGCACGAGAGCCCGAAUAGCCGGGCCCUGUCGUACCACAAGCAGCGGGUGCACGUGCAGGAAAAGCACGAGUGUGAGCUCUGCGGCAAACGGUUCAAGCGGAAGCUGUAUCUGCGCGAGCACAUUGCGUCGCACACGAACGUGCCACUGUACACGUGCGAGUACUGCGGGAUGAAGUUUAACUCGCACGCGAACCAUUUUACGCAUCGGAAAAACAAGCACCCGGAAGAAUGGGAAGCGCACAAGCGGAUGCGGAUGCUGAAGAAGAUGAGCAAGCAUUGAGGAUGGUUUACAGGGCAGCAGGAUCUUGAGUUUGAUUAGCGUAUUUAGGUGUAGGAUAGGCGCUAUAAUUAGGUGAAUUAUUUUACGCUCUUAGUUAGAAAAACACUAGAGUGAUACACGAACGCUCCAAUUCGUUAUUCAAAGACAUUGGAAAUGCGUUAUUA